AUGGCGACAAUAGGGGAUUUCGACCCACUCAACUCCACCGUACCUGCGACAAAGAUUGAAAUCACCGUUUCCUGCAGAAACCUGUUGGACAUGGACACCUUCUCCAAGUCCGAUCCAGUGGUGGUGUUGUACUUGCAAGGCCUGGGGACCAAGGAGUGGAGAGAGUUCGGUCGGACAGAAGUGAUCGAUAACACGCUGAACCCCGACUUCGUGAGGAAGUUUGUCCUUGAUUUCUUCUUUGAGGAGAAGCAGAACCUUCGCUAUGAUGUGUACAAUGUGGAUACGAGGAGCUCCAACCUUUCAAAACAUAAGCCUUUAAAAUUACAUGAUUUCUUGGGUCAGAUGUUCUGUACGCUGGGGGAGAUCAUCGGCUCCACUGGUAGCAGGCUGGAAAGGACUCUCUCUGGGAUUCCUGGGAAGAAGUGUGGAACCAUCCUCUUCUCCGCUGAGGAGCUCAGUAACUGCCGGGACAUAGCCACCAUGCAGCUCUGUGCCAACAAGCUGGACAAAAAGGAUUUCUUCGGCAAGUCCGACCCUUUCCUCGUCUUCUACCGGAGCAACGAGGAUGGGACGUUCACCAUCUGCCACAAGACUGAUGUGAUCAAGAACAAUCUGAACCCCGUUUGGCAGCCGUUCACCAUUCCCGUUCGAGCUCUCUGUAAUGGAGACUAUGACAGGACGGUCAAGGUGGACGUGUACGACUGGGACCGAGACGGGAGUCAUGACUUUAUCGGAGAGUUCACCACCAGCUACAGAGAACUGUCCAGAGGCCAAAGCCAGUUCAAUGUCUACGAGGUUUUAAAUCCUAAAAAGAAAGGCAAGAAGAAGAAAUACGUCAAUUCAGGGACGGUGACUCUGCUGUCUUUCAAAGUGGAGUCAGAAUGCACGUUUGUCGACUUCAUCAGAGGAGGGACACAACUCAAUUUCACCGUGGCCAUCGACUUCACAGCAUCUAACGGCAACCCGUCCCAGCCCACAUCGCUGCACUACAUGAGUCCGUACCAGAUGAAUGCGUACGCCAUGGCUCUGAAGGCUGUGGGAGAGAUCAUACAGGACUACGACAGCGACAAACACUUCCCGGCAUAUGGGUUCGGAGCUAAGCUUCCCCCGGACGGCAAGAUCUCACACGCCUUCCCACUGAACUUUAACACAGAAAACCCAAACUGUGUGGGCAUCGAGGGGGUGCUGGAGGCUUACUUCCAGAGCCUGAGAACUGUUCAGCUGUACGGCCCGACCAACUUCGCUCCCGUCAUCAACCAGGUGGCUCGGUGUGCUGCGGAGGUGACUGACGGCUCCCAGUACUUCGUGCUGCUGAUGAUCACAGAUGGCGUCAUCUCGGACAUGGCUCAGACCAAAGAGGCCGUGGUCGAUGCAGCCUCCCUACCCAUGUCUAUCAUCAUAGUAGGAGUGGGCCCUGCUGAGUUUGAUGCUAUGGAGGAGCUGGACGGCGAUGAGGUCAGGGUGUCCUCCAGGGGACGCUUUGCUGAGAGAGACAUCGUCCAGUUUGUUCCUUUCCGGGACUACAUCGACCGGUCGGGGAACCAGGUCCUGAGCAUGGCUCGCCUCGCUAAAGAUGUCCUGGCUGAGAUCCCCGACCAGCUGCUCUCCUUCAUGAAGAGCCGGGGGAUCGAACCCCGGCCCCCUCUGCCUGCAAGCUCAGACUCCCCCUCAAUGUCCACCACCACAACCACGUCCACCAAACCUGGCCCCAAGGAACGCAACAUGCACGCCUGAGAUGAGGGCAGCGAGAGCAGCAGAACAGUGGUCCGAGAUCUGAGCAAAGGGAUGUGUGUGUGCGUGUGUGUGCAUGUGUGUGUGGAUGUGCGUGUGUGUGUGUUUGUUUCAUGGUUUUCAGGGUCAGGUAACGAGUCAGGCUUCUGAACAUCGUUUCCGCAGUAGAUUGAAGGGCACACCUCCCAGAAGAGGUGGUGGGGAUGGAUCGCUCCAACAACACCUGAACUGGAAAUGUAGAAAAAACAUUUCUGCACCUAUCACACACCUGUAACACACAACUCAAUUAGAAACUGCAUUUCAAUCAAAUCUAGUGUCGUACGUUUUCCUCAGUCAUCAAUAAAGCCACCCAAGGACUUAUCUGCCAGCACAACUUCCCCCGCAGAGGGCGAGUCCACAGCUCCGUCCACCUCACUCCAGUUUCUCUUCUCACAGUGAUAUCAGCCGACCCAUUGAUAUCUACAAGUUGUAAAGAAAGACCGCGCUGGAGCCGGUGGCCGUUCCUAGUUUUAUCCUCAUGGCAUUUUGAAGGCUUGACAGGAAAUGCGGUGGAUCCGAGAAUAGAGAGGCAGGAAUUUAAUGAGGUCCUGGUUGUGCCAUCUGCGAGCCAAUGGUUUGCUUUUUUAUUGCUUCAUGAAAUUGCUAAAGGUAAAAUUCAAAUAUGUUUUGAUGUAGAAGGGGGUGGAGGGUGCUCUACAUAUCAAGGUCGAUAUUCCGAGACUGAGCCUUGGCGAGUCGAAACUAAUCCCACUUGGACAAGAAGGAAGGCUCUUGCAAGGCCCCCCUGUAAACAGGAAAUAUGUAUACGAGCAUGAAAUUGGCUCGGGAUAGAGAACAGGCUGAAAUACCCCCCACUCCCAGCACCUCCACUUCCUCCAAGCCACUAUACAAUUUAACAAUAUCGAGUGGGUUUUUCAGCCCUGCUCACAAAACUAAAUAUGAAUUUGCCCCCGGCCCCCUGCCCUCUAAAUUGUAACUCUCAGCUGGGGCUGUCAUUUGGGAUGAAUCAUUCAUGAGCUGUCUGGAGCACGUAUCUGUUUAAAAUGAGCAGACUCGGUCAGCGCGCAUUUCACGGCCCAGAAUACUUUGUUUGUAGCGGAGAAUGUGUGAAAGUGUCAGGGGUCUUCUUUUCAUUUCUCACCAGAGACAAGGCGGCAACAAAAAGAGUGACAAAAGAGAGUGAGGUUUGGCAUGUAGUUCUCUGUCAAAGUUGCUCAGACCAACUACUUUGGAAAAAUGUAUGCAUCAUUUUGCCUCAGUCUGAACUCACCAGCUGUUGUAUAACCACACAGAUUUACAAUUUGACUUUAUUUUCAGAAAUCUUUUGUUUUGUGAUCAAAAAAUUGGGUUUUGCCUUUGCUUUCUGCAUGCAUGAUUCCUUUUCUCACAUCCACACAUAUCGUGCAGUCACGUCCAAACUUGUUGUCAUCCGACAUUUGGCACUCAGUGAACAAAUGGGUUCAAACAGUCCAGGAAGGUCUGAAACACCAAUUAUAACAAUAACAGCUGGAUUAUCAAGCAUGUGUCGUAUUGUAUCCGAAAGGAAAUGGAUAUGUGGCCUUAUUCCUGUCAUAAUCCUACAAGUGUGUUACGAGGGAGGACUCUAUUUUUAUAUGACAAAACAGGAAAUAUGUGAUGUUUUGCAUGCUUGUUUGGCUGAUAUGCUGCCAUUGAUUGUACUCAUUCAGAAAAAGACAAAAAAACACUUACUAUAUAUUUAGUCAUAUCUGGAAAAGGACUUCCAACAACAUUCCUACUUGUGUUGACAGUUCUGUGAAGGAGCGUUAUUUCUAUUUCUACUCUUAUUGCGUGCAGUGUACUUGGAGGGACCAAUGUGAUGAUCCCAACCAUAUGGGAGCCACACCAACAGUAGGAUAGAUUUGUAUCAUACUGUGUUUGAAACAUUUAUGCAUGCGUGUGUUGUUAUCAAGAAGUAUGCCAACACGCAGUCACAAAAAUGUAUCGAAUACUUUUGUAUGAAGCAUGUGGAGCUUUCUAUACAGUGUACAGUAUUAGUUGAUGACACUCACUGACGGCAUACCGCUCACCUCUUCCCCCGCCCGGUGUGAUCCAAGCAGCCUACACGGGUGAAAUGUAAAUACAUCGAAAGUGAUGUACAGAAUAUUUUGUGAGUCUUCCUUCCUUCCUUUUUGUUCCUCUCUUGAUUCUCUAAAUAUCUCAUUGUCUUCAUUUGUGUCGGUCAAAAUUGAGUUCUAGUUUUGUCAAGUGUUUUAUAGCUUUUGCUUAGAAACCAAAAUAAUGAUGAUGCUUAAAGCUCA